AAAGCGGCGGAGCGCGGGCCGAAGCAUGUGUAGGGCUCCGGGCCCCUGUCCCCGCCGCCGUCCGCGCCCCCGCGCCCCGCCAGCUCCGCGCGCGAGAUGAUGGACGGUCGCCUCCUGGAGCACCCGCAUGCCCAGUUCGGGGGCUCGCUGGGCGGCGUGGUGGGCUUCCCCUACCCGCUGGGCCACCACCACGUGUACGAGCUGGCCGGUCACCAGCUGCAGUCGGCCGCCGCCGCCGCUGCCGCGGCCUCGGUGCCCUUCUCCAUCGACGGCCUGCUCAGCGGCUCGUGCGCUGCAGCCGCCGCCUCGGUGGUCAACCCCACUCCGCUGCUGCCGGCUGCCUGCGGGGUGGCCGGCGAAAGCCAGCCCUUCAAGCUUGCAGACUCGGGGGAUCCAGACAAGGAGAGCCCCGGCUGCAAACGGAGACGCACCCGCACCAACUUUACCGGCUGGCAGCUGGAGGAGCUGGAGAAGGCGUUCAAUGAGAGCCACUACCCGGACGUGUUUAUGCGCGAGGCGCUGGCGCUGCGCCUGGACCUGGUUGAGUCCCGAGUUCAGGUCUGGUUCCAAAAUCGCCGGGCCAAAUGGAGAAAGAAGGAGAACACCAAAAAGGGCCCGGGCCGGCCGGCCCACAACUCGCACCCGACCACGUGCAGCGGGGAGCCCAUGGACCCGGAGGAGAUCGCUCGCAAGGAACUGGAGAAGAUGGAGAAGAAGAAACGCAAACACGAGAAGAAACUGCUCAAGAGUCAGAGCCGCCACCUGCACUCGCCCGGUGGCCUGUCCCUGCACAGCGCGCCUAGCUCCGACAGCGACAGCGGUGGCGGAGGCCUCUCUCCAGAGCCACCCGAGCCGCCACCGCCGACCGCCGCGGCCAAGGGUCCUGGAGCACACGGCUCUGGCAUCGCGGGUUCCGCUCCGGUACCUCCUGGCGAGCCACCCGCGCCUGGCACCUGCGAUCCCGCCUUCUACCCGAGCCAAAGAAGCGGCGCCGGCCCGCAGCCGCGGCUAGGCCGCCCGGCGGACAAGGACACGGUCCCUUGCGGGCCCGGAGCGGCGGCGACUGCGGGCCUGCCUAAGGCUAGCCCGUUCAGCGUGGAGAGCCUGCUGUCCGACUCGCCACCGCGCCGCAAAGCCACCCCAGCCAACGCUGCGGCCACUGCGGGGCUGGACUUCACGCCGGGGCUGCCGUGUGCACCUCGGACCCUGAUUGGCAAGGGCCACUUUUUGCUCUACCCCAUCACGCAGCCCCUGGGUUUCCUGGUGCCACAGGCAGCGCUCAAGGGCGGAGCGGGCCCUGAGUUGGUGCCCAAGGACGCGCCGCCCGCGCCCCCCGCGCCCCCCGCACCACCCGCGCAGGCCAGUUUCGGGGCCUUCCCCGGACCUGCUGGCGCUGCGGACCCGGCCUUCUCCCGUCGCAGCCCUGAGGUUGUUGCCUCUCCCGGGCCACCCGCUCCCGCUUCUUUCCGGGACCUAACAGCGGCGGCUGCCGAGAGCGGUGCCGGGGACUGCGCGGACGUGGGGACCGUCUGCCCCGCGGCCUCGCCGCCCCCACCUCUCGAAACGUCGCCCGGCCCGGGCCCUAGAGCCCCCAGCCCACCCGGGGAGCCAGCCACUUGCGGCGCCGCUGAGCCGGGCGCUGCUACAGGACCCAGCCCUCCCGAGGGCGAGGAGGUGGACAUGGACUGAGCUGGGGACCGCGGCUGGAAGAGGCGCUUAGCCAGUCGAGCCCGCUCGCUCAGCCCCAGACUCCCAACGAAUCAGGUGAUCGGCUCUUAGAGACAUUGCUUUUCCCUCUUGCUUUUUGUUUUCUUCCUUUUAUUAUUAUUUUUAAAGGCAAACGAAAACGCUGUGUCGAUGGGGACCAAGGCGGCAGCUGCAGGUCCUGGGGUGAGGUCUCCUCCUUCGGAGGGAUCAAAAAACCCCGUAUCCCCUAACCCACACACCCACACACCCACACAAAACCCACAACGAGAAUCCUCAGCCUUGUAAAAUGCAAAAAUGUCUAAGAAUAUUUAUAUAUGUACCAUUUUUUAUAAAUAAAGCUGAUCAAACGCAAA